GGUGACGCAAUCGAAUUCGUGACGUAAUCGAACCUCGAAACAUUCUGAUCAACUGUUAGGUCUACAAAUUAAUCCGUAUAUAUAUUAGAUUUUUUUUUUUACAGAGACUCUGAUGAACAUAUUCUGUGCGAAAAUGUCAGACGACAAUUUAUCUGAACAGCUAAAGCAGUUUAUCAGUUCUCAUGGAGGGGGAGUUGUUGUAAACUGUGAAAGCGUGUACAGUAUGAUGUACAGUAUGCACAGCAGGCUGGAGCGCCUUGAAGCCGAGAGAAAGACAGCGGAUGUGAGGAAAGCAGAUGUCGGUGAGUCGCAGCCGGAUGAGAAAAGCUCAAGUCAUACUGAUGAGCAGAAGGCGGCGCAGGAGCAACUGUCCAGCGGUACAGAGAUGCCGAGCCUCUCCACCUCGGACACGAGCGGACAAGUGGAGGACAGCGAGGAAGGAGUGUCCAAGUCUCUCAUGCAAGACUUGGUAAAAGAGAAUCAGGAGGUGAAGAAAGAAGUGGAGACACUUAAAAAUCAGUUUAGUCAGUGUGUCACUUUGGAGCAUGUGCAGGUCUUGCUAAGUCAGCAAGGUCCUCUGGUCUCUGUAUCUGAUGGAGCCCUAAACCAGCUAGCUGGCCAGACCCAGUCCCAGGUCAGCAGUGAGGUUGAGCAGUUACAUAAGCAUUGCAGACAGAGCAGUCUGCUGCACAGUAUCCUCUGUAGGCUGGAGUGCCUUGAAGCCAAGAGAGAGACAGCGGAUGGAAGGAAAGCAGACGUUGACCGCGAUGUCAGUGAGUCGCAGCCGGAUGAGAAAAGCUCAACUCGUAUUGAUGAGCAGAAGGCGGCGCUGGAGCAACUGUCUGGCGGUACAGAGAUGCCGAGCCUCUCCACCUCGGACACGAGCGGACAAGUGGAGGACAGCGAGGAAGGAGUGUCCAAGUCUCUCAUGCAAGACAUGGUAAAAGAGAAUCAGGAGCUCAAGAAGAAGAUGUACAGCCUGAAGAAAGAAGUGGAGACGCUUAAAAAUCAGUUUAGUCAGUGUGUGACUUUGGAGCACGUGCAGGUCUUGCUAAGUCAGCAAGGUCCUCUGGUCUCUGUAUCUGAUGGAGCCCUAAACCAGCUAGCUGGCCAGACCCAGUCCCAGCAGAGCAGUCUGCUGCACAGUAUCCUCUGUAGACUGGAGCGCCUUGAAGCCGAGAGAGAGACAGCGGAUGGAAGGAAAGCGGACAUUGAUCGCGAUGUCGGUGAGUCGCAGCCGGAUGAGAAAAGCUCAACUCGUCUUGAUGAGCAGAAGGCGGCGCUGGAGCAACUGUCCGGCGGUACAGAGAUGCCGAGCCUCUCCACCUCGGACACGAACGGACAAGUGGAGGACAGCGAGGAAGGUGUGUCCAAGUCUCUCAUGCAAGACUUGGUAAAAGAGAAUCAGGAGCUCAAGAAGAAGAUGUACAGCCUGAAGAAAGAAGUGGAGACGCUUAAAAAUCAGCUUAGUCAGAAUAUAAACACAGUUCAAUCACAUAAUAGCAACAAGAUGAAACAGUUCAUCUUGUUUUUCCAGUGUGUGACUUUGGAACACGUGCAGGUCUUGCUAAGUCAGCAAGGUCCUCUGGUCUCUGUAUCUGAGGGAGCCCUAAACCAGCUAGCUGGCCAGACACAGUCCCAGGUCAGCAGUGAGGUUGAGCAGGUCCCAGAGACACUGGAAGCUCUGACGGACCAUGGGGGACUGCAGGAGAAGCACGAGAGCCUCGAGGCUCCUGUGGAACGCCUGGAAGGAGAACAAGAUGAUACACUGGAUCAGUUGAAUCAACUGAAAACUCAGUUGGUGGAUGCUGUAACGGUAGAUAGAAAGAAGGUAUAUGAGGUGGAGCCUUUGCACAUGGGCCCAGUGAACAUGUCAGAAAGUUCAGGAUUAGGUGAGGAGCUUGCCAUGUCUGAGGCGACAGACAGCCAGAGCAGAGACAGUUUCAGUGGACUAGAGCAGCAGCUUCAUUUGCAAACAGCUGACAUCAGGAAUGCAGUGCAGAAGCUGGAUAUGGAGGUGCGAAAUAUGAAGCAGGAAUUGCUGACCAUCAGAUUGGAACAGAAGAGAAGCCCAUAUAAUGAAAUGCAGGAUAAGCUGGACAGCCUCCAGUCCAAGCUAGAUUCUCUGAUGGCAUCCUCAUCCUCUAUGCUAUCAUGGAGCCUACAGCAGGAAGAUCUGGAUUCCCCAGCAGGUCAGGAAGGUGCUGCUGAACCUGCAUGGCUCUCAGGCAUGGCGGCUCUGAGCAUGAAGAUAAGCGAGCUCUUUCAUCAGGUUGAGAAUCUGCAGAGUAUCGUUACUGAUCUUAUGAAGCAGGAGACCAGUGGCAGGACGUUCAUCACUGACACAACCUCAGAGUUGACAAGUGAUGUGCAGGGGCCUAUUCUGCAACUCCAGGCUGGACAUGAGAAGCUCCACAGUACAGCCAGCCCGCUGAGGGAACAUCGCAUAAAGGAACAAAGUCAUAUUGAGACCACACAGUUGACAAGUGAUGUGCAAGGGACUGUCCUGCAACUCCAGGCUGGACGUGAGAAGCUCCACAGUACAGCCAGCCCGCUGAGGGAACAUCGCAUGAAGGAACAAAGUCAUAUUGAGACCACAGAGUUAAGUGAUGUGCAGGGGACUGUCCUACAACUCCAGGCUGGACGUGAGAAGCUCCACAGUACAGCCAGCCCACUGAGGGAACAUCGCAUGAAGGAACAAAGUCAUAUUGAGACCACAGAGUUAAGUGAUGUGCAGGGGACUGUCCUACAACUCCAGGCUGGACGUGAGAAGCUCCACAGUACAGCCAGCCCGCUGAGGGAACAUCGCAUGAAGGAACAAAGUCAUAUUGAGACCACAGAGUUGACAAGUGAUGUGCAGGGGUCUGUCCUGCAACUCCAGGCUGGGCGUGAGAAGCUCCACAGUACAGCCAGCCUGCUGAGGGAAGAUCACACGCAGGAACAAAGUCACAUUGAGCACCUGUACAAGACUAUGAAGGAGCUGGAUGAGAAGAAGGCAGAUAAGAAGGCAGUGAAAAUUGUAAAAAGCAUUAAAGCAGACAUGCAGGCACUGGAUACCAAGGUCCUCCUGUGUGAUACAAAAACAGUGAUGCUGAACAGGACGUUUCAGGAUCUACUGACUGGACUUGAGGAUUAUUGUCAUAAGGUUUUUGAGAAGAUCUUCAGGGAACUGGAUUGCAAGUUGAACUACACUGAGCUGGAUCUUCUGAAGAAGCAGCUAGAGCUAGAUUGUCAGAUGAGAAUUCACAAGGAGCUACAGCUGCAACGUGCCCCAGAAAGUGAUGAUGCUGCUGGUCUCAAGAAACAGCUGACAAAAUUCAGCUGCCUCUCCUGUGGCCGCUGUGUCGAAAUGAAUACUCCUGGACCACGCUUGCUGGUUUUGCCUGAGCUUCCAAGUUUACUCUCUCCAAAGGACCACAGGAGGCUGAGGACAUGCACUAACCUGGAUCAGUAUAAGCAAUCACCUACAGAGUGGAGUAUGGAACAAACCAUGAUUUUCAGAGUGAGUGAUGGCUGUGGUUUCGAUGGGCAUAUCUACAAGACUAGUGAAGUGAGAGUGCCCACCGUCUCCCCCAAAGAAGGCUACUGCAAAAAGAAGGAGAUGGUUAACCGCAGUCAGUUGCUGACACCUAGUGGAAGAAAGCCUGUCCGGCUAUUGCCAUUAAGACCGCAGCAACCCCAGACCCAGCUCAUCUGCCAUGGUUCAAACUGCUUGGAGAAAGAUAAGCAAUGGUUCAUUGAGGACUCCAUUCCACAGACCCUUCAGUGCAGUCAGCCAAGAAAACCUGAUGGCAAUAAUGACUAAAUAAAUACACAAGAUAACAUUUUACAAUAAUGGUAGAUUAGUAAAUGGCAGUUAUGUAUGAACUUAUGUAUUACAUAAAUAAGCUAGUGUUCUGUUACACCCUCUUUACUGUCAGGGUGAUGAGAAUCACCUACACUGGAGCUUGAAAGUUUGUGAACCCUUUAGAAUUUUCUAUAUUUCUGCGUAAAUAUGACCUAAAACAUCAGAUUUUCACACAAGUCCUAAAAGUAGACAAAGAGAACCCAAUUAAACAAAUGAGACAGUAAUUUUAUACUUAUAAAUGAUCCAAUAUUACAUAUAUGUGAGUGGCAAAAGUAUGUGAACCUCUAGGAUUAGCAGUUAAUUUGAAGGUGAAAUUAUAGUCAAGUGUCAUGUUUUCAAUCAAUGGGAUGACAGUCAGAUGUGACUGAGCACCCUGUUUUAUUUAAAGAACAGGGAUCUAUCAAAGUCUGAUCUUCACAACACAUGUUUGUGGAAGUGUAUUAUACCAUGAACAGAGGAGGUUUCUGAGGACCUCAGAAAAAAAGCUGUUGAUGCUCAUCAGGCAUGAAAAGGUUACAAAACCAUCUAUAAAGUGUCUGCACAUAGUCAUAAGCUGUUAUCUAUGUAGCUCCAUAAGGUGUACAUGUUAUGACACAGACUUGGAGCAGGAUGCAAGUGAAGGUAAAGUGUCAAUUUAUUAUGAACGCAAAGAAAUCCAAAACACAAGGCAAUAAUCAGCGUGAAUAAACAGUCCAGGGUCGAGCAAUCGAGAAUCAGAGGCAAAGAAAAUAAUCAGAAACAUGGGACGCUCAGUCAAGCAGGGAGGCUGAGCGACGUUCUCCGUUGAAUCAGCAGGCUGAGCAAGAUUCG